AAACAUCUCCCAGUCAGCUCACAAAUGAAAUGAUUAAACUUUUCUUUCAAAGAAUUUCUACCCUAUUCUCUCCACAAUGUUGUUUUCUGAGAUUUUUUUUUCCCUGAAAUUCACAAUUACAGAACGAUUUCUAAUUAUAUUUAGGUCAUUAUGACUACCUGUCUAUAAUUGCCAUCUAAGUUUUCAAUUCAGUGUUUACUUGAAGCUAACGACACUUGAUGCCAUUCAGAUGAGAGUCUUUCAGUUUAGUUUAAUAAAGCCAGACAUGGAUCUUCCCUAGCACUUCAGCAUUCAUUGGAGCUUUGAGACUGGGUACCAUGUAAUUCAGUAGUCUAGGACAAGCUAAGAAUCAGUAUCUAAUAAAUACAAAAGCAUCCGCGAUUUCAUCAUGGAUGGAUAUAAAUUUUAGCACUUAAGAUUGGAAAAUGAGUGCACCCGAUGGCUCUACCAGUGAGCUAACUCUGGGGGCCAGCAGGAUGCGCAGGCGAGAAGACGCGGGCUAGCUCUACUGCCCUGCUGCACAGUCACACACCUGCCUUUGUCAUUUCCGCCGGAGUUGCCGGAGAAGGAAGGCUUGCGGAUACAAGCACAACCAAAGAGCAACCCCACCCCGAGCGGGCGCCGCGGCUGCCAGUUAUUUUUAGUUCCGGCUGCAAAGCUCAAGCUACGCUGAUCUCUUCCGGUGGCGUAGACGGGGAGAGGUUGUGCCGCGUUCUCUGCCAGCCUCUCGCCCACCUUCAGGGAGGGGAGAGGCGGUCGCGGGCUGUCCAGACUCGGUGCCUUCCCACGGGUCGGGUCCUCUCUACGCCGUGGGCCGAGCCAAGCCUGGGGGCGGCGCCUUCUCGCUCUCCGAGCCGUGCUGAGGGGAGGCGGUGGCGGAUCUGGGCCCGGCGGAGGCGGAAGGGGCGGGCGGACGCGGCCUGACUCUGCGGGACGUGCGAUACUGAUUAUCUUCCUGGGAAGCAUUGCUGUUUACAUAUAAAGAAUCUCUUGCUGAUUUACUGCAACUGAGUGUAGAAUGUUACUUGUGAUCCUGAUGGAGGAGUAACCAGAUCUCAGACUGCUGCACUGGAAGACUUAACAGGAAAUAAAAAUGUCAUCUAAUAGGAGUCAGAACCCACAUGGACUUAAACAGAUUGGUCUUGACCAGAUAUGGGACGACCUAAGAGCUGGAAUUCAACAGGUUUACACCAGACAAAGCAUGGCAAAAUCCAGAUACAUGGAACUCUACACUCAUGUUUAUAACUACUGUACUAGUGUACACCAGUCUAAUCAAGCACGAGGAGCUGGAGUACCUCCUUCUAAAUCGAAAAAAGGUCAAACACCCGGAGGUGCUCAGUUUGUUGGUUUGGAACUUUACAAACGACUAAAAGAAUUCCUGAAGAACUACUUGACAAAUCUCCUUAAGGAUGGUGAAGAUUUGAUGGAUGAAAGUGUGUUGAAAUUCUACACUCAACAGUGGGAAGAUUAUAGGUUUUCAAGCAAAGUACUGAAUGGUAUAUGUGCCUACCUCAAUCGACACUGGGUUCGUCGUGAGUGUGAUGAAGGUCGUAAAGGAAUAUAUGAAAUUUAUUCGCUUGCCUUGGUGACCUGGAGAGACUGCUUAUUCAGGCCAUUAAAUAAGCAGGUAACAAAUGCUGUAUUGAAAUUGAUUGAAAAGGAAAGAAAUGGUGAAACUAUCAAUACAAGGCUGAUCAGCGGAGUCGUACAAUCUUAUGUGGAACUGGGGCUGAAUGAAGAUGAUGCAUUUGCAAAAGGACCUACACUAACUGUCUAUAAAGAAUCCUUUGAAUCUCAGUUUCUUGCUGACACAGAGAGAUUUUAUACGCGAGAAAGUACUGAAUUCUUACAACAGAACCCAGUCACAGAGUACAUGAAGAAGGCUGAGGCUCGCCUUCUUGAGGAGCAGCGUAGAGUUCAAGUAUAUCUCCAUGAGAGCACACAAGAUGAAUUAGCACGAAAGUGUGAGCAAGUACUUAUUGAGAAACACCUGGAGAUAUUUCAUACAGAGUUUCAGAAUUUAUUGGAUGCUGAUAAAAAUGAAGACUUGGGACGUAUGUAUAACCUUGUAUCUCGAAUCCAGGAUGGCCUUGGAGAGCUGAAAAAGCUGUUGGAAACUCACAUUCAUAAUCAGGGUCUAGCUGCAAUUGAGAAAUGUGGCGAAGCAGCUCUAAACGAUCCAAAAAUGUAUGUACAGACAGUGCUGGAUGUCCAUAAGAAGUACAAUGCUUUAGUCAUGUCAGCAUUCAACAAUGAUGCCGGUUUUGUGGCUGCACUAGACAAAGCUUGUGGUCGAUUUAUAAAUAAUAAUGCAGUGACAAAAAUGGCUCAGUCAUCCAGUAAAUCUCCAGAGCUACUGGCACGAUACUGUGAUUCUUUACUAAAGAAAAGCUCAAAGAAUCCAGAAGAAGCAGAAUUGGAAGAUACACUCAAUCAAGUGAUGGUUGUCUUCAAGUACAUUGAGGAUAAAGAUGUGUUUCAAAAAUUCUAUGCUAAAAUGCUUGCAAAAAGGCUUGUACAUCAGAACAGUGCUAGUGACGAUGCUGAGGCAAGCAUGAUCUCUAAACUUAAACAAGCUUGUGGUUUUGAGUAUACGUCGAAGUUGCAGCGGAUGUUUCAAGAUAUUGGUGUAAGCAAGGACUUGAAUGAGCAAUUUAAAAAGCACCUAACCAAUUCAGAACCACUGGAUUUGGAUUUCAGCAUACAGGUGCUAAGUUCUGGAUCAUGGCCAUUUCAGCAGUCUUGCACAUUUGCUCUGCCCUCUGAGUUAGAACGGAGCUAUCAGAGAUUUACUGCAUUUUAUGCCAGUCGUCAUAGUGGAAGAAAAUUAACGUGGUUGUAUCAGCUUUCCAAAGGGGAACUGGUUACCAACUGUUUCAAAAAUAGAUACACGUUACAGGCAUCCACAUUCCAGAUGGCAAUUUUACUGCAGUACAACACAGAAGAUGCCUACACCGUGCAGCAGUUGACAGACAGUACUCAAAUAAAAAUGGAUAUCUUGGCACAAGUUCUACAGAUACUGUUGAAAUCAAAAUUACUUGUUUUGGAAGAUGAAAAUGCAAAUGUUGAUGAGGUGGAGCUAAAGCCGGAUACUUUAAUAAAGCUGUAUCUUGGUUAUAAAAACAAAAAGCUAAGGGUAAACAUCAAUGUGCCAAUGAAAACUGAACAGAAGCAGGAGCAAGAAACUACACACAAAAAUAUAGAGGAAGAUAGGAAACUACUGAUUCAGGCUGCUAUUGUAAGAAUCAUGAAAAUGAGGAAGGUUCUAAAACACCAGCAACUUCUUGGAGAAGUGCUAACACAGCUGUCCUCAAGAUUCAAGCCACGAGUUCCAGUAAUUAAGAAAUGCAUUGACAUCUUGAUUGAGAAGGAGUACUUGGAACGUGUCGAUGGUAUGUGAUGGAAAGAAUGAAAGCAACGGAACUUCAUAGCAGCCACCCUGCUGCCAUUUGGACCUCCCUUUUUAAUAACUGAGACCAGGACUCCCCAUCAGCCAGUCUCAGAUUUACAUCAGAACUGCUCAGGAUUGAUACAUUUCAAGUAUGUAAAUAUGGACACCAAUGCCAUUUAACCUAAUUUAAGAACAGAGAGGAAUCAGACCCUUCUCCUUUAAGGGUUGCAUGCUACUGCAUUUAAAUCAAUACAUUGGCUAUAUGAUAAACAGCUGCCAUCACCGGCAGCACUUACAAAUGUUGGCAGCACUUUGAGAGCAAGUCUGAAUGGACCCAUGUGUAAUCUGCUAUGAAAAACCAUUUGUAUAGUGUGUUUCAUUUUUUAAUGUGUGAUAAAUAAUAAAAAAAGUUAAAAGAUUUCUGUACAA